AUGAGCGAGGAGUACAAGAGGCGGAACCGAUCGACUGCGUAUUACACGAUCAGCAUCAUCCUGGGGACGGUCGCUCUCUCCUAUGGCUCGAUCUGCCAAACAACCGGUUGGGGUGGCCAGCCGGUCCGCGCGCACGGUACCGCCACCUCGGAGACGUCGCCCGAAGAGCUGGCCUCGCGCCUCGAGCCCGUCAAGGACGCGCGGCGCAUCCGCGUGACCUUCUCGUCGUCCGUGUCGGACGUGCUGCCCUGGAAGUUCACGCCGCAGCAGCGCGAGGUGCGCGUCCUGCCCGGCGAGACCGCGCUCGCCUUCUACACGGCCACCAACCUGUCCGACAAGGACAUCGUCGGCGUCGCCACCUACUCGGUCACGCCCGCCCAGACGGCCCCCUACUUCAGCAAGAUCCAGUGCUUCUGCUUCGAGGAGCAGCGCCUCGCCGCCGGCGAGACCGUCGACAUGCCCGUCUUCUUCUACCUCGACCCGGACCUGCUCAAGGACGUCAACAUGCGCAACGUCCACACCGUCACGCUCAACUACACCUUCUUUACAGAGGCGAGGUAUGACGAGAACGGCCGGUUCCAGGGGCCGCCGGGAUUCUGA